AUGCUGGCAGCACAAACACCAAUACCACAACGAAACGGUUCGCUGCUCAGCUUAGUUUCACAAUUCAACCCGGAGAAGGUGGCAACGGCUGUUGGGGAAGGGCUCCACCAGCACAAUACCGCAGCACACUGCGCAAUCGCUGGCCGACGAUUGUCGCAUCAAUUCGCUCGAGCCCCCGGCGCACGGCGAACGCCAAACACUUGGCUCUGGGACGACUCGCGGCCGGUGUCGCGAGGCAGGCCGCCCUCUCAACGGCCUCCCCCCGCCCAUGCCGCACAACGGGCACCGACAAAGGAUAGAAAAGACAGAAGAAGAGCUGGCGCUGGACAAGGGCAGAGAUGGACAGAAGAACUGGGGCUGGAACAGAUAGAAAAUGAUAGCAAGAGAUAG